CGCACUCAUGGGCUUCCCAGGCGCAGGCAAGACAACCCUGUUGGACGUGUUGGCGGGGCGCAAGACCAUCGGGCGCACCCGGGGAGACAUCCUGGUCAACUCCUUCCCCAAAGUGCAGGCCACGUUCGCCCGCAUCUCCGGCUACGUGGAGCAGAGCGACAUCCACACGCCCUUCAUCACCAUCCGCGAGUCGCUGCAGUUCAGCGCCGCUCUGCGCCUGCCCUCCACCACCUCGCUUGCUGACAGGGCGCUCGUGGUGCAGGAGGCCAUGGACCUGCUGGAGCUGCACGACAUAGCGGACACGCUGGUGGGGUUCAUUGGCAUCAACGGGCUGACAGUGGAGCAGGCGAAGCGGCUGACCAUAGGCGUGGAGCUGGUGGCCAACCCCAGCGUCCUCUUCCUGGACGAGCCCACCAGUGGGCUGGACAGCCGCGCGGCUGACAUUGUCGUGCGCGGGAUCAGGAACAUUGCUGGCACCGGGAGGAGCACCAUCUGCACGAUCCACCAGCCGAGCCGGCGGCUCUUCUUUGCGUUUGACUGGCUGUACCUCAUGAAGCGCGGGGGUGAGGUCGUCUACUUCGGCCCCAUCGGCCACAACGGCUGCGACCUCCUGAUGCCCCUACCUGGCGCUGACGACGCUCAUCUUCUGCAGCAUCUGCUUCGGCAUGGCGGGCGUGGCCACGGGCAGCGCUAGCGACUUCUUCCUCUUCUGGGUCAACUUCUUCCUCUACUCCGCGUGCAUCACCUACUAUGGCAUCUUCAUGGCCAUGCUCACGCCCAAC